AUGAUUGAUAGUUCAUCAAUAAUAUCAUCAUCAGAUAAUAUUCUUAUUGAACUUGUUGGAGAAUUAUAUGAACGUACUAAACAAUCAUCAACAUUACCCUAUGAAGCUUUACUUCUACUACGACCAUUACCAUUAUUACUUGCACAUAUUGAUUUAUCGGAUCGUUUAAUGAAUAAAAUGGUUUUAGAAUUUGCUGCAUCAACACAACAAUUAUAUCCUCAAAUACUUGCUUAUACAGUUUUUGCUGUUUUUCAUGCUUUAAUUAAUGCACAUUAUUCAGCUAAAGUUAAUGAAUGGACUUUAUUAUCUAUGACAAGUAUUGCACAAAGAAAACCAAUACGUAUGGCUAUAUGGGGAUUAACUUGUCUUAUGUUAAGUCCAUGUCCAUCACAAGGUGUGGAGUGGGUGUGGGUGUAG